GGCAGAAUCCCAAUUUUUUUCAAUGGCCCACGCAUCUUUUUCUGCGGGAGUCUAGCUUUUGAAUAUCUAGCAACAAGACAACCAAAUCAGACACAAUGGCCCCAGAAUUGCGAAAGAGAAAGUCCGCUUCGGACAUCAAGAAGCCCAACGGCGCUGCCAAAGCUGCCCAGCCCAAGCGAAAAGCCCCCGAGGAUGCAUCGCCUGUGUCGCUGAAGAAGCAGAAGUCUGUCAAGAAGACUGCCAUCACAACAAAGACCGCUACCAAGCCGGCGCAAAAGUCCAAGAAGAGCAAGCCCGAGGAAGUCAAGGUUGUCGAGGAGGAAACCACCACACUCGAUAUCCCCGAUGAGUCUUCCGAGUCUGAGGCUGAGGAGGGCAAGGAGGUCCAGGCGAUCGUUAAGGAGCUGGACUCUGACGACGAGGACAUUACCGAGGGCGACUCUAGCUUCAAGCCAGGACAGGACGUUGGCAAGAUCCCCAAUGUCUCUAAGGAUGUGCAGAAGGCCGCUAAGGCUUCCGACGAGGAAGCUGGAGUUAUCUACAUCGGCCGCAUUCCCCACGGUUUCUACGAGCAUGAGAUGAGGCAGUACUUCGAGCAGUUUGGCCCCAUCGUUGCCCUACGACUUUCCCGAAACAAGAAGACCGGUGCCAGCAAGCACUACGCUUUCGUCAAGUUCGAGGAGGCCUCUACCGCCGAGAUUGUGUGCAAGACCAUGGACAACUACCUUCUGUUCGGCCACAUCCUCAAGUGCCGAAUGAUCCCCAAGGAGCAGGUUCACGAAGAUUUGUUCAAGAACGCCAACCGACGAUUCAAGAAGGUCCCCUGGAACAAGAUGGCAGGCCACAAGCUUGAGAAGCCUCUGACCGAGGCUGCAUGGGCGAACAAGGUUACAAAGGAGAACUCUAAGCGCGCAAAGAAGGCUGCUAAGCUUAAGGAGCUUGGCUACGAGUUUGAUGCCCCCGAGAUCAAGGACGUGCCAGCCCCUGCUGCUAUUGAGAACGGAGAGAGCGAGACCAAGGCUAUUGAGGAUGCACCCGCUGAGAAGGAGGAGGAAGCCAAGGUUGAGGAGCCCGCUGAGGUUGUUGAGACAGUUGUCGAGGAGAAGACCGAGGUCAUUACCAAGGAGAAGCCAGCUCCCAAGGCAAAGGCCACAAAGGGCAAGGCAACAAAAGCAGGCAAGGGCCGAAAGGCAAAGGCUUGAGUACGGAAUUGUUCAAUUCAAUUGGGUUUCGGAGUUUUAAAGCGGCAUAGACAUAGUUUCAAAAAAAGAUCCAUGUAUAAUGAAACGAAUGCGAGUUGGAUCAUCUGUCACGCGCUUUUUUCUUUUCUACAAAAAGGUUUUCAACGAUGAUAUGUACGCACAUAAGCGAACCCAUAGCACUCAUAGGAAAUAAAAGAGCAAGCAAUGGGAUUAUGAAAGGCGGUUAUGGUCUACUUCGCGCUUGAUUGUGAAAAAGCCACGGAAAACAAUGGUCAAUUUCAAAAGUGUGAUGGCGAAGGGUAAAA